AUGGAUUCCAAUCUCCUCAACCACGACAUUGUAACAGAAAUCCUCUUGCAUUGUCCAUUCACAUCCCUCUUGAGAUUCCGAAGUGUCUGCAAAUCAUGGCGCGAUCACAUCGAUUCUAAACCUUUCAGAAAAUCGCACAUUCAGCACCAUGCCGGCGACAGCGACAGCGACGACGACACGCUACUCGUGCAGUUCAGUUUACGAGAAGACGGAGUUCCGGAACUGUCAAUGUUUAACGGCAAGCUGCACAACAACUCCCUGCCAGCUUCCCAGGAAAUCCUGGACUACCAUCUGAAGCUUGGCCUCGACCCCACGGAUGCAGUCCAACGUGCUGUGAUCACCGGGCCUUCUAACGGCCUGAUCUGCAUCUACUACAGGGCCACCGACGCACCCAUUGCAAUAUGCAACCCUAGUUUAGGCCUCAUCACUAUCUUGCCACCAAACCCUAUUUCAAUGUUGUUUGAACCAAAUCAUCGUCACAGGUUGUGCAACAACCACGGGAUUUGGUUCGAUGAGGUUGCACAAGAUUAUGUAGUGGUGCAGCUGUUUUCGUGCUACAAAAUCGGUUACUACUUACACGCGUCGGUGUACUCAAAAGCGACGAAUUCUUGGAGGGGGCUGACCGUCGGCGGCAGCGAUAUUAUUGCUCAUGAUUUGUGUGUUGUCUCUCCUAUAAAUUCUCAGUGCAAGAACGGCUCCUUCUCGCACUGGAUAGCGUUUGACAAGGACGAUAAUGAUGUGAUUGUGUCGUUCGACUUCAGGAACGAGGGUUUACGUAUCUUGGAGAUGGCAGACGUGGAGAUUGUAAAGAGGUAUGGGUAUAUGAAGAUUUUUGCAGAGGGUGAUGACUCUUUUCUGGUGUUCAGUGCCGGUGAUCAGGAAGAUCCUAAGUGGUUGAACAUAUUUUGGUUGAGAGUUGAAGAGAAUAGGCUGCAGUGGGAUCGGAUGAAGAGAAUUGGACCAUUUGAUGGCCUUGUCAUAACCAAGGCUUUGGCUUUGUGUGAGAUGGGUUGUGUUGUUUUGAAGGCUAAGACUGGGUGUUUAGUACUUUAUGAUUAUUGUAAUAACAAAUGUGUUAAAUGUUUCGAGAUGAAGACGAAAAAGCUCAAGAUUUUUGAGCAUAGAGGAAGCUUUGUUUUGCCUUAG